AUGGCAGGACUAGCGCACUGUGAUGAGGCGUCGGGGCAGAGCACCACGUUCGACGACGUGCCAAUGACCUCAAACAACGAAACGACUGCGGACCCUCCAAGACCAGAGCCCGUUACAAAGCGAGAAAGCAGAUUCGCGUCCCUCUUUAUUGCGCUACUUGCUGUCAGUCCAAUGGCUAUCGAAUACGAUGCAGCCGAUCAGCAGACUAUGGAGGCAGCACAGGCAGCAUCUGUAAGCGCGCCGCAACCGGAAUCUUCCAAGAAGACCGGUAAUCCGACAGAAAACGGAAUCAAGAAAUCAGAGAUCCGUAGGACCAAAUGGAGGCGGUUCAAGCACGAACUGAAACUGAAGAUGAGGAUUACGGGCAAAGCAAAGGCGAAGGAUCGGUGGAAAUGGACACAGGCGGAGGACAUGGAGCUGAAGGUUUUGAGAUCAGAAGAGCGAGAUGUCUAUACGGAUAUGGAAAGGCAGCAUAGCAGCUGA